UUCCCGCGCUUUUCACACGCGUCGAAACACAACAAACGAAACAAGAGGCGGAAUAAAAUCAGAGAGUGAAUUUAAUUUAUUUAUAAAUAUAUAUUGCCUGCCUAAAGCGCUAUGGAUAAUCCAAGUUCACCGCCACCGAAUACUCCAAGCGAUGUAAUUGAUCGCAGAGCCACCAUGACCUCACCCGUGGGAGAUUUCGAACCAUUUGAGAAUGAGGAUGAGAUUCUUGGCGAUCAGACUGUGCGAGAUGAGGCAGAGGAGGAAGAUGGCGAGGAACUGUUUGGUGACAACAUGGAGAAUGAUUAUCGUCCCAUGCCAGAGCUGGAUCACUAUGAUCCCGCUAUGCUGGACGAUGAGGAGGAUUUCUCAGAGAUUUCACAGGCCGAUCGUUUCGCAGCCGAGUCGGAGAUGCGUAAGCGAGAUCGGGCUGCUGGCAUACACCGCGAUGAUCGUGAUGUGGGCUUUGGUCAGUCCGAUGAUGAGGAUGAUGUUGGACCAAGGGCCAAGCGGCGGGCAGGAGAGAAAGCCGCUGUUGGCGAAGUGGAAGAUGCCGAAAUGAUUGAAUCCAUUGAGAAUUUGGAAGAUACCAAGGGUCACUCCACAAAGGAGUGGGUCAGCAUGUUGGGACCUCGCACCGAAAUCGCUAAUCGUUUCCAAUCGUUCCUCCGCACCUUCGUGGAUGAACGUGGUGCCUACACCUAUCGAGAUCGGAUUCGUCGCAUGUGCGAACAGAACAAAUCCUCGUUUGUUGUAUCAUACACUGAUCUGGCCAAUAAAGAGCAUGUGUUGGCAUACUUUCUGCCCGAGGCUCCCUUCCAAAUGCUCGAGAUCUUCGACAAGGUGGCCAAAGAAAUGGUUUUGUCCAUUUUUCCCACAUACGAACGUGUGACCACAGAGAUUCAUGUGCGAAUUUCCGAGCUGCCGUUGAUCGAGGAGCUGCGAACAUUCCGCAAACUGCAUCUUAAUCAACUGGUUCGUACCCUGGGCGUGGUGACGGCCACCACGGGUGUGUUGCCUCAAUUAUCGGUGAUCAAAUACGAUUGUGUCAAGUGUGGCUAUGUGUUGGGUCCAUUUGUGCAGUCCCAGAAUUCUGAAGUAAAGCCAGGCUCCUGCCCCGAAUGCCAGAGCUUUGGUCCCUUCUCCAUCAACAUGGAACAGACACUGUAUCGUAAUUAUCAGAAGAUCACACUACAAGAAUCUCCUGGACGAAUACCUGCUGGACGUAUACCACGUAGCAAGGAUUGCAUCUUGCUGGCGGAUCUGUGUGACCAGUGUAAGCCAGGCGACGAAUUGGAAGUCACUGGCAUCUAUACCAACAACUAUGAUGGAUCUCUUAAUACGGAUCAGGGUUUCCCUGUCUUUGCCACUGUGAUUAUAGCCAAUCAUGUGGUCGUAAAAGACUCCAAGCAGGUGGUGCAGUCCCUUACCGACGAGGAUAUAGCCACAAUUCAGAAACUAAGCAAAGAUCCGCGCAUCGCUGAGCGAGUUGUGGCCUCCAUGGCGCCCUCCAUCUAUGGGCAUGACUAUAUAAAGCGAGCCUUGGCGCUGGCCCUCUUUGGCGGCGAGUCCAAAAAUCCUGGUGAGAAGCAUAAGGUGCGUGGCGAUAUCAAUUUGCUGAUCUGCGGUGAUCCCGGUACGGCCAAGUCGCAGUUCCUCAAGUACACUGAAAAGAUAGCCCCUCGAGCUGUUUUCACCACUGGCCAAGGAGCCAGCGCUGUGGGUCUCACAGCCUAUGUUCGACGCAAUCCCGUCUCUAAGGAGUGGACCCUGGAGGCAGGAGCUCUGGUCCUGGCCGAUCAAGGCGUCUGUCUAAUCGACGAGUUUGACAAAAUGAACGACCAGGAUCGUACCUCCAUACACGAGGCCAUGGAACAGCAGUCAAUAUCCAUUUCCAAGGCAGGCAUUGUUACCUCACUGCAGGCACGCUGCACGGUAAUAGCCGCUGCCAAUCCUAUUGGUGGUCGCUAUGAUCCUUCGAUGACCUUUUCGGAGAAUGUUAAUCUUUCGGAGCCCAUUCUAUCGCGUUUCGAUAUUUUGUGUGUGGUAAAAGAUGAAUUCGAUCCUAUGCAGGAUCAGCAAUUGGCCAAAUUCGUGGUCCAUUCGCAUAUGAAACAUCAUCCCAGCGAGGAGGAGGUCCCUGAAAUCGAUGAACCACAAUUAAAGAGUGUCGAUGAGAUUCCCCAGGAUUUGCUGCGUCAAUAUAUUGUCUAUGCCAAGGAGAAUAUAAGACCAAAGCUUACGAAUAUUGAUGAAGAUAAGAUUGCCAAAAUGUAUGCACAAUUGCGCCAGGAAUCCUUUGCCACCGGUUCGUUACCCAUCACUGUGCGUCACAUAGAGAGUGUCAUCCGAAUGUCCGAGGCUCAUGCUCGCUUGCAUCUGCGCGAGAAUGUCCUGGAGGCUGAUGUCAGCAUGGCCAUACGCAUGAUGCUAGAGAGUUUCAUUGAGGCUCAAAAGUUCAGCGUCAUGAAAAAGAUGCGCAACACAUUCCAAAAGUAUUUGGCCUUCCAGAAGGAUCAUUCCGAACUGCUGUUCUUCAUACUCCGUCAACUGACAUUGGAUCAGUUGGCCUACAUUCGUUGCAAGGAUGGUCCCAGUGCCACACAUGUGGAGAUUAUGGAGCGAGAUUUGAUCGAACGGGCCAAGCAGCUGGAUAUCAGCAAUCUUAAGCCAUUCUAUGAAUCUGAACUAUUCCGUUCGAAUGGUUUCUCAUACGAUCCCAAGCGUCGUACCAUUCUUCAGAUUGUUGUUGAUGGCAACACCGCCUAAGAAGAUGUCCUAAUCCCUAAGAAUCGUCUGUUCUCAUCUCAUUUAGUUUCUGUAUGUUUGUUUUGUUAAUCCUCACGCUAAAUCCAUCAAUCAUUUAAUAUUUAAUUUAAUAAAUUGAGUAAAAAUA